ACAUUUAGACUGCUAGCAGCCCAUAGACCCAAGGAUUUCAUCCAGCAGUUCCUUUAAAAGAAGCCGGGUAUCAGUAUAAACAGCACUGCUGGGUAGCCUUCUGCAGACUCCUACAACACUGAGCACAGAAGUAGCUCAUGGUUUCAAUAGUAAAUAUACAUCCCUGCAGUUUUCUUAUUUAUUGGUGUGCUCCGCUGCUGAGAGUCAAUGUCCUUCUUUUUCCCCCAUUAUGCUUCCUGGGAGACACUGACAUAACCCAGAACUGAGCAGGGUUCUGAAGCAAGGCCGGGCCUGAUGAGAACUGGGAAGGAAAGCCCAGCUUCUGCAAGCAGGCUGGGGGACCAGCAGGGGGCGCUCUUCACUGGAAUGUCAAACACCAGGGCCCCAGUAAUGGGGGGCAAUGGGCUGUCAGAGGUGUUGGUGCAAUUCAGGCCAAGUGCAACAAGACCAUUUGGGAUGAAAGGCAUACAUGCACAAGGAAUUACUGAAAAAAAGCAUACUUUGUUCUUUAGUCAGAUGUCAUUCGAAGCAUGCAGUAACAUAUGAGCGAAUGAGCUUUCAAAGCGGAUAACAAGCAGUUGGAUGAGAUGUGCAAAAUCAGAUCUAUGAACACGUAAUGGUACCAUGAAUUCAACAUUAAAAUUACCAUCCGGAAUGCAACAGUUCACACUGUACCGGUCACGAAUAGACCACCCCACUGAUUUUUUUGUUUGUUUUGCAUUUAGUACAACUUUAGCUUUCAAACAGCAAGACUUUCGGACUACCGAGAAAACGAUCGUUUUGACUCCCGAUUCACAGCCCUUUCUUCUCCUUCCCACUGACAAGGGAUCAAACACGUCAAACACAGGGAAGCCGGCGCCGCUCUGAUGCUGCCAGAGACAGCGGGGCAUCCUAGAGGCACUGAAAACAAAUAUAUUAAAAAAAGAAGAGAGGACUAGCCCCUCAUUCGGCAUUUGAACGCCGUUUCGCAACCAGGCCUUGCCCGAGAAGACACUGGACGCACGCAUUUCACGGACAGCCUACAGAACAUCUCUUCCGGUCAUUUUAAACUAUUUUCAUUGAACCGCAUCUCAGAUGAGUACCUCGUCGGGCUCUCCGUUCGUAAGCAUCUUCUCCUCUGUCAAAACCAUGAUUACUGUGGGGGGUGACAAACCGGUCUAAAUCACGCUCCCUCUCCACCACAACCCGAGUGCGUCUGGAGGACCUUCAGGUCACACGCCGGAAACUACGAACAACACUACCGGAAGCUGCGAUAUUGCCAAUAGGGCUUUUGCACAACCGGCAUUCUGACGUAUUUCCGCCGUCUUCCUUUCCUUGCUCAUCGGGCAUGAAAAUGGUAUCAAUUUAGAAUUCCAGAAUUUCACGGUGUUUCACCUCAGUACUGCUCUGUAAUAAUUAUAAGGAAACUACUGCACACUUAUUUUGCCAAUAUGUAAAAAAAAAGCCAACACGUGGCCUUUGGAAAAAGUUUCCUUUCAUAAAAAGUCGAUUACUUUUAAAGGUUCGAAUGCGUGUUUUCACAAAUCCGGGCAUGUUUUCAGGUAUUCCCUACUGUUCAAACACAACACGGACUGCCUGAUUAUACAACAUCACAUCCACAACAAGAUCAUCUUAAAAAGAGUUGUUUUAUUUAAGAAGUGAUAUUUCUUAAAUAAUAAAAUAUGCAAAACGUGUUGGUCUGAACUCUGUAAUUCGCAAGUACUGAUAAAACAGUUACCGUCAUCACACACAUAUAAACAUUAAGAUGAGCAAUUUAUUCCAUAAAGUUAAUUACUUACCUUAAAGUAAAACCUUAUUUGCAUUCAGCUCUCUCUGAUCUUGUAUCAGUGUAUAUCGUGGCCAAUAAAGUGCUCAUAUCUUAUCUAUACCCCAUUUAUAGUUAUCUAUAGUUUCAAAACAGAAUAAAAAUAAAUUCACUAUACGUUAAAUACACCUUUACUUUAAGGUAUGAUGAACUGAAUAAUUCUGAACCAGAUUUACACUGCCACGAAAGUGUCGCACGCAAUGGCAUGGUAAUUUGAGAAUAAUAACAUCGUUUACAAACCCAAACACCCCCUUUUAUUUCAGAUAAGCGGGGGGAGGAGUCAUGUGACGUAGGCGGAAGAGGAACACGUGUUUGCUGGAGUCAGUGUGUGCAAACAGUGUUGACUUGGGAAGAGAGUGAUGUACUGUACUGUAGUGCUGGUUAGAGGGGAACAGAGUAUAUGUGAGUUUUCUAGCUGAGGUCAGACAUACAGUAUGUAUAUAUUAUUAUAAACGUGCCGUGCACUAAUGGAGAACAAGCAUGAAGCAGAUGUAGCCGCGCCUCUUUUGAAAAUAUGUAUCAAAGCUGUCAGCAAAAACAUGCGCGUACUGGAAAAGCAAGUCUGGGACAUACCGUCUUCUCUUAUUGAAGAGCUGUUGCCGCAUUUGAACAUAUUCUACCUGGAGAGGAUCGAGGACGUAGCUGUUCGCAAAGGCCUGUCCACUGCUUCUGUGUGGUUUGGACUUUGGAUGGAAGUGGUCAAAAUCAGGCCUCCUGGAAACAAGCCAAUUAAGGACUGGCGACAGAAAUUCCUGGAGCGUCUCUUCCACAUGGUCACUUUCGGUCACUUCAGUGAAGAAGAACACCCUCGUCUGCGAGACCCCCGUUUCUCCCUCCUCUCGCUGGCGGCCAAGUACGUCAGGGUCCUCAUCCUCUCCAGGUCCCUGGCGCAGACGUCCCGGCUGAGCUCGGAGGAGUUCCGGCCUGUCCUGAAGACCCUGGAGGCCACCGUCAUGCAGCUGAAGCUCCGGGAAAUCAGACUUUCUCUCUUCCACAACGACUUCAGCCCGGUGCUCUUCAUCAUCCAUCGCCUCCUCCACCACGGCUCGGUCCAGACUCUGGUCAUGAGUAAAUGCAGCAUCUCCAGCCCCAGUCUUUGGACUUGGAUCCUUCGGAUGAGCGCUGGUCACCAAGAUAUCAAGAAACAGGAGGGCAGUCAGUCGUUUUCAUCUCGCACUCAGGAUCUGGAAGAUGAGAGGCGUUCCGAUUUUGGACCAAACACAUCCGGUGCUGGAACAGGCCUGUCACAGGAGGCACAGGGCUGCAACCAGGAGCACAAGAGUGCAGCCAGGAAAAGGAGACUGGUAGAUGACUUGUGUGCAAAAGCCUUGAAAUUACCUCGGCUUGACAUCUCGGAGCCCAGGGGUGGCGCUGAGCCCGGCGGAUGCAGUAGAUUCGAUGGAACCCCUCAUUUACCACUCCGCCAGUGCGUGGACUCUGAAAUCCUGGAUCCUGGUUGCACUCUCUCCUCUUUUCCCUCCCUUGUCUCAGGGAAGGGAGGUUGCCCUGUCAGAAGAAUCACUGCUCUGGUGCUUGACGUAUGCGAUGAAGUCAUCUCCCGAGUUCUCUCGCCCCUUCUCUCUUCCUGGUUCUGUCUUUGCUCCCUAAAGGUGACGUGUGAAUGGUCCAUAGAGGAGCCCAGCCUCUUGGAGAUGGUGGAAGCCUUGCGCCUGCUGUACCAGAACCCAGCCUGCUCCCUCUCAGUGCUGUCCAUCACCAGCGUUUGCUGCAGAAUGUCUGUGGCAGCCCUGCUGGCCCGCCUGCUUUCUGCCUGUCCUGGGUUGGAGGCUCUUACGCUUGGUUUCUAUGGAGCAGAGGGGAACAGCAGCUCCUCUCACCAGCCUGCACCCAUAGAGAGCUCUCUAAAGACUCUGCAGGUGGAGUUCCCAGUCGAGCCUGUGCACCUUCAGGGCUUCGUGACCGUGCUCCAGGGGGCGCAGAGCCUGACCAGCCUCCACCUGAAAGGGCUCCGCUGCAAGACCCCCCAGCUCAGCGCACUGCUGCUAGCUCUGCCAGGGUCGAACCCCCACCUGCUGACCCUGUCCCUGGAGGAACUCUGCCUCUCGGGCUGUCAGGAUGAAGUGCUUCACCUCCUGAACAGGUCUGCUCUGCAAGAGGUACGCUUCACGGACUGCCGUCUGUUUGAAAGGAACAAAGAGGAGUUCCUGGGCCGCUUUGUCGACACAGUAAAGGCACAGACAUCCCUCAGAUCAAUUUCUGUGUCAAAAAACCGCCUGGGUAAUCAGGGCCUGAUAGCCUUUGCUGACCUGUUUUCUGAAAAUUCUCCGGGCAGAAUUCAGCACUUAAACGUCAGCUCUAACUACAUCCUGCCCGACGGGCUGCUGGAGUUUGGGAGGUUGCUGGGAAGACACCCCCCCUCGCCUCAUCUGAAGCUUGAUGUGCGAGAGAACCCCCUGGACAGAGACCCCCAGAAAACCGAGCGUGCUAUGCGGCAGCUGCAGGCACUGUGCCACGUGACCAAAGACUGCUGGAACUCCAGGACCACCUUCGCAGACCACAUCAGUGUCAUGUGACCAGAGCAAGCUGGGCGGGCGUUUUUAUACCCACUAAUUCACAUUACCAUUUGAGAUCUUGGGAAGUGCUCGCUUCUGAACCUAACAACCCCAACAGAAAUGUCAGACGUGCUCUUCAGUUGACCGUUUGGAAGACUCUUCCCUUUCGAAUCUCAUUAUACGCACAACACCGCGGCGCUUACAGUUCUGAUUUUUAUUACGGUGCCAUUGCGGGACACAAACUAUUUACACCACAGAGUUGAAGCUUUAAAAAAAAAAAGGGGGGGAUGGGGGUAGGGGCAUUUCCUUUUUGCCCUCAAAAAAGAAACGUUUUAAGUCCGAAUGAGAUUGACUCUGUCUUUAAAUUAAAAAUAAAGGUGUCGGAGUUCC